AUGUUAGUUAAACCCAAAAAUAAAUCUGUACAAAAAAAUUCUAAAUCCAGAUUCAAAACUAAGUUCAAACCAAAAAUUCAGAAAAAUAAUAAAGCAUAUUAUCUUAAUGCUAUUGCAAAUGCUCUUGAAGCACUUAAUAACACUAAACAUGUGCAUAAAAAUAACAAUGUGCCUAAUCAUCCUGGUCCUAAAACAGUUUUAAGUGCAUAUAAAGAAGUACAAUUAGUUGGCUACUAUCAUCUUGAUUUAUCUUUUCAUAUUCCCCAGGCCUUAUUAGAGCACUCACUUACUCCUAAUCACAUUUGGAAUAUGGAUGAAACUGGUUUUGUUCUCUUUCCAAAAAUUCAAAAAGUUAUUUCAACAAAGAGUACCUGUCAGAUUCAUAAGGUUUUGCAUAGUAAUAUGACUGAUCAUAUUUCUGUUGCACCAACAAUCUCUGCUUCUGGUUUAUUAGAAGAAGCUCUGGCAGAUAGUGUUAUGGGAUUUACUGAAUCUGGGUAUAUGAAAGAACACCUCUAUAAAAUAUAUCUUAAACACUUUAUUAAUUCUAUACCACCUAUUCGCCUAGUCCUGUUAAUGCUUAAUGGUCAUACAAGUUACAUUAAUUAUUUGUAUGUCAAUUUUUGCCAUGAAAAUGAAAUUUUGUUGUAUGUACUUCCUCCAUAUACAACACAUAUUCUUCAAUUGUCAGAAAUCUCUUUUGCAAAACUCAAAAAUGAAUAUAAUAAAAAAUAUGAUAAACUCUAUAGAAAAAGAGGUGAAUUAGUAACCAAACAUACAUUUGCCAAAGUGCUUGGACCAGCCUUUGCUGCAACAUAUACAACUAUGGCAAUUACUAAUGCAUAUAAAGCAAUAGGAAUAUGGCCUUUUAAUCCUAAUGCAAUUACUCCUGAUUGGCUUGAUCCUUCAUUAGUUACUGAAAUCUAUCUACCAAUAUCUCAACAAAUUCACCAAACUAAUAAUAACAUACCUCCAGUAUCAGAAUUAUUGCAAUCAACCAAUACUUAUUUUUCUUUAGAAGAAGAAGUUGCAUCUCUUAGAAAAGAAGUUAAAUUGCUCAAGGAUGAAACUUCUUCUCUAAAAAAAAAUUAUUCUUUUAUUCAAGAAGAACUCGAAAUAUUUAAGAAUCUCGAUACUUAUGUUGAAUCAGAAACUAAAGAUAGUUCUGUUCAACCACAAAAAAAAAGAAAAACUUUACUAUUUGCUCAGCUUCUUACUCAUGAAGAAUCAUUAAAAGAACUAAAAGAAGCUAACAAAUUGGCUAAAAAAAAAGCUAAGGCUGCAAAACAAAAAAAGGAAGAAGCUAUUCAUAAAAAGGAAGUGGCUAUUCAUAAAAAGGAGAUGGCUAUUUGUGAAAAGGAGGCAAAAAAACAAAGUGUUAAUGAGAAAUCGAAAACAAAAAAGAGGACAAAAAAACAGUCAGAAGUAACAUGA